AUGUCUGUUCUUUGUUUAUCUUUAUGUGGAGCUGAGUAUGCUGGAGAUCGUAAAGUUAGUUUUUCAGGUAAAAAAUGUAAAUCAUGGGCAGAACGAUACAAAGUUUCCAAUGAAAAGAGUCCAGCAUUUGCCAGUAAAAAUUUUCCAGAUGCAUCAUUGAAAAAGGCUAAUCGUUUUUGUAGAAAUCCUGAUGAUAAUAUUGGUGGUCCAUGGUGUUACAUACGUGAUGAAACUUAUGAAACAAUUGAAAAAGAAUAUUGUGAUAUUCCAUUUUGCGAUGACAGGGAUUGUUUAGUACAUCUCAGAAAUGCAUCAAGAUAUUCAAUUGUGACAACUCUAAACUUUACUUUCACAAGCGUUACAUUUUGGAUUAAAUUAUGGAAUCCAAAUGAUGAAUAUAAUGGAGAAUUUAAAAUUUUAUUAAGUGUUCUUCCAAUUCCUACAUUCGCAAGUAAAAUUGCUGAAGAUUGGCAUGCAGGUGUUGAGUUAAUGUUCUCAAAUUUUGGUUCUGGUCAAACAUAUCCUGAUGCUCAUAUAGAUGAUUUUGAAGAUACACCAAGUAUCUUACUCGGUACAAAAUGGACUGGUAUAUGGAUUACAUGGGCAGGAGGUUUUAUAUCAAUAGGAAUAGAUGGAUCAUCUAAGCCCCUCUAUAUGGGGGAAUAUAAAAAGAAAAAUACUAUCUCAGACCUUUUCUCUGAUUACUUGUUAUAUUAUGGAAUCAUGGGUACAAAUGUACUUUGGAGUUCAGAAUUUUGUCAGAUUGAUUGUGAAAUUCAUAUAACUAUUGGAACGGAAUUCUCAAAAGUUUGGCCAAUGCAAAAAACUAAUAAUACUUAUGAUAUUCAGUUUAAUGUGCGAGCAAAUCGCAAUAUUGCUAUACAAAUCUAUCAAAAUCCUGUUAAUAUUUAUCCAUGUUUUACUAUAAUUAUAGAUAAUGUUACGUCAUUAAUAUAUCAGAAAAGUAAAUUGUCAAUGAAACAAUAUUUGAAACAAGUUUCAAGUUCACAUUUACGGUUAUUUUAUCAACAAACAUAUGGCGAUGAAGAAUUAUUAUACGUGAAUCAUGAUCUUUUUAAUACGUUAAGAUGGUUCAGUAUAGGAACUGAGUAUAAUUUAGCUUAUUGGACACUUUUUUGCAUACCAGAUGAGACACAUGUAGUAGAAGAUCCAUGGCCACCCAACUGUAUAUCUGAUCUUAUGGAUUAUGAUUAUAAAGGUGAUCAGUGGUUUAGUGCUAGUGAUGUACCUUGUAUACCAUGGAUUUCAAAAGAAAUACCAAAAGAAGAAAAAAUUGACAGUAAAUUUAUUGAUGGCUAUGUUUUAAAAGCAUUGAAUAAAUGCAGAAAUCCUAGCCGCAGUCCAGAAGGUCCUUAUUGUUAUAUAAUGACUGAUCCAUAUUCUUCAAGCAUUUCAAAGCAGUAUUGUUCAAUACGAAAAUGUUUAUCUUCGGAAUGUAAGAUGGCUGGUACUGCAAAUGAUUAUAUAGGAUCUUUAGCAACAACACGUUCGAAUAGAACUUGUGCUAAAUGGAUAGCUGAUUACGAGCUUGUAGAAACGAAAGUAUACGUACAAGAUACACCUGAGACUACUACACAAGAACUUUUUCAAUAUCCAAGACGUUAUAUGACACAACAAGAAUUACUUUUAAAAAUGGAUCCGCGAAGAAAACCUCAACUUAUCAAAGUUUUAAGGCAAAAAGAUUCAAUUAAUCGAACAUUGUUCAACGAAACUUUGUAUCCAGAACAUAGUGCAAAAAAGGCUAGUAAUUAUUGUAGAAAUCCAUCUCGUAGUAUCGCUGGUACAUGGUGUUAUACGACGGAUCCUCUGGUACCACAAGAUCUUUGUGAUGUUAGAGAUUGCAAAAUGCUAGAGGAAUGUAUAUUUCUUGUACAUGGACAUGGUAUCGGUAGACGUCUAUAUAUUUUUCCUGAAUAUCGUUCUGAGGGUCUACAUUUUUCUCUGAAAGCUUGGGAACCUGAUCAAUUGGAUUCUAUUACAAUUGUUUUUACUGCAGAUGAUGGUCUUAAAUCACGAUAUAUUCUUAAAAUUGGAGCUUUGAAUAACGAGAAGAUACUUUUAUAUUAUCAGUCUGAAAACGAAGCUAUUAACUUAGUUAAGAAGAAAACAUUACCGCAUCUAUUAUAUUUUGGAAAAUGGAGCAAUUUUGUUAUUCGUAUACCACGAGGAAGUGUUUUACUUUAUUAUGAAGGAUCAUCAAAUCCUUUAUUUGAAUGGACACAUCCAGAACCAUCCAAAGUAUUUUUGCCUGUUUAUUAUUAUUAUAAUAGUGAACAAAAACAUGCUGUAGGCGUUGCUUUUGAUUGCAAUUCUAGAUGUCAAAUAGAAAAAACAGAAACGAAUGAAUUUACAAGAAUAUUACCAUUUUCAAUAUGGGAUAAAAAAAAAGUGACAAAUAUCAAUACAUUAACGCUUAUGAUACGUGCUAAAGGCAUUGUUACAAUUCCAUUAUUUUUGUUUCCUGCAACACCAAAUUAUCACUCCUUAUCUCUUUUUGAAUCUGGGCCAUGGAUAUUCUUUCAAGAGAAUAAUUAUCCCAUUGUCAAAAUAUUUCAUAAACAAUUAAUUUCAAAUCCAUUAUUUACAACAAAUUCUUGGACAAAUAUAACUAUAAGAUGGUUUUAUAAUAUUAUUGAAUUAUUAUGUAAUGAUACAUUGGUAUUUCACUAUGAACAUAGCAUCCCUCUGCUUUUUUAUUUUUUUUCACUCACUGUUAACAACGAUGGAUGGGCUAUUUGGUCAGCAAAUUGCAUUCCAACUGAUAUAGAUGGAUCUGCUAUUGAUGGUAGCUGGUCUGAAUGGGGUCCAUGGUCAUGUAGUGCUAGUUGUGAUGGUGGUGUUGGAACAAGAACACGUUUAUGCAAUUCUCCGGAGCCUAAUAUUAGAGGGGAACCAUGUAUUGGUCCUAGUAGUAUGACAGGGCGAUGUAAUUUGAUUAAAUGUGGAGACUUAACAGAGGUAAUAAAUAGAGCUCUACUGAUUGAUUCUGGUGUUUAUACAAUUACUUUACAUAGAAUUGAUCAGUCAUAUCUCGUAUUGAAAAUUGUUGCUUUAGCUGUUAUACCAAGUACAGAAAGUAUUACUAUACGUGAAACUUUGCCUUUAUCUGUAAUUUGUAAUUGCCUUAUUUUGGGUUAUGUGUAUUCUGAUCUCAAAAUAUCUUGGAAAAUAAAUGAAAAUAUUUGGAAAGAUUAUGGCAUUACAUUACCUAUCACUGUAAAUAUCGAUUAUAUUAAGGCAAUAAAUAAAUCACACCAAGGAAUGUGGAAAUGCAUUGUAGAGCAAAUUAUUGGUUCACCAAAUUGGCGCACUUACUUAAUGGAAGAUAAGUUGACCAGUCCAAUAUUUGGUUGGAUGCCAAGUGAAAAUGUUGUUGCUAUUUCAGCAUUAAUAAUCUUUUUAAUAUUAAUUGGUUGUAUAAUUAUAGGUUCAAUCUUUUUAAUAAGGCUUCAGGAAAGUCGAAAGAUCAAAGUUCAAGCCAGAAAAACGAACAAUAGAAAUCGUUAUAAACAGCUCCCAACUAAGAACAAUCAAGAAUAA